AUGUACGCUGUACUGGACGAUCAGAGCAACCGGUCGCUUGCCAGGCCGGCCUUUUUCGAUGUGUUCGGCGUGCAGGGAGAUGAAUCCCCCUACACACUCAAAACAUGCGCUGGGGCAGUUGAGUCAUCGGGAAGACGAGCAAGUGGAUAUGUGGUAGAGUCCAUCGAUGGACGUGUAAGAGUUCCACUACCCACACUCAUCGAAUGUAUGCAAAUUCCCGACGACAGGAAUGAGAUUCCUACGCCAGAAGUGGCGCACCAUCAUCCACACUUGAAGAAAAUAGCUGGUUUAAUCCCGCCUCUGACGGACGACGCCGAAAUACUGCUUCUACUCGGCAGGGACGUUUUGCAGGUACACAAGGUACGGCAACAACUGAAUGGUCCCAACAAUGCUCCGUAUGCCCAAAGGCUGGACCUCGGCUGGGUGGUAGUUGGUGAUGUGUGCAUCAAUGGGAUGCGGAAGCCAGACCGUAUCAGUACAUUUACCACUACACUCCUAGAGAACGGCCGCGCGAGCACUUUUACUCCGUGUCCAAGUCAUGUCUUCAUCAAAGAGAAUGUCGCACAAGGUGCUGCGAUAGCCAACUUGACGUCGAUGCCAGCUUGGUCAUGCGAUACGUUGUCGUACAUCCAAGGGCUGGGUGACUCUGUGUUUGAGACGUCGAAGGACGACAACAAGCUCGCUCCUUCAAUUGAGGACAAGCAGUUUCUGGAAAUAAUGAACAAGACAUUCACCAAGGAUGAAGCAAACAGUUGGGUUGCUCCGCUUCCCUUUCGCACAAGGAGGAGUCCACUACCGGACAACAGGGAACAAGCACGAAUUCGGUUUGCCUCGCUCUGCCGUACCUUGGACAAAAGACCGGAUAUGAAAGAACACUUCUUUACGUUUAUGGGCAACAUCUUUGCCAACGGACAUGCUGAGUUAGCCCCGGAACGACAAGAAGGAAAAGAAGUGUGGUACCUUCCUAUUUUCGGCGUAUAUCACCCGAAGAAGCCGGAACAGAUACGUGUUGUUUUCGACUCGAGCGCGAAGUUUCAAGGGACAUCCCUAAAUGACGUCCUUCUAACUGGGCCUAAUCUUGGAAACAGUCUUUUAGGAGUACUAAUUCGGUUCCGUAAGGAACCCUUCGCCAUCACCGCAGACAUUCAACAAAUGUUUUACUGCUUCAUCGUUCGUGAGGAGGACAGGGAGUACCUAAGAUUCCUCUGGUUCCGCGACAACGACACGAAGAAGGAUGUUGUGGGGUACAGGAUGUGCGUCCACGUAUUCGGAAACAGCCCAUCGCCAGCUGUUGCAACGUAUGGACUUAAGCGAACCGCCCUUGAAGGUGAAAGGGAGUAUGGUACCGACGCCAGGCGAUUUGUAGAGAGAGAUUUCUAUGUGGAUGACGGGCUGAAGUCCCUCCCUACCGAAGAAGCCGCCAUCGAUCUACUCCAGAGAACGAAGGACAUGCUGGCUGUAGCAAACCUGAGGCUGCACAAAAUAGCCUCCAACAGCGUCGCAGUGAUGAAAGCUUUCCCAUCUGAGGAGCAUGCGAAAGAUCUGAAAGAUCUAGACUUGGGAACUGACUCCCCUCCGACACAAAGAAGCUUGGGCCUAAGUUGGAACAUUAAACAUGAUGCCUUCACCUUCCACGUUCCUCCCAACAAGAAGCCACACACCAGGCGGGGUCUUCUGUCUACAGUUAAUAGUUUGUACGACCCUCUUGGAUUCGCAACUCCUGUCACUGUACGUGGUCGGCUGUUGUUGAGGGAACUGUCCACCUUGACAGAAGAUUGGGACGUCGAACUACCACAAAGUAGUGAAUGGGAAGUUUGGAGGGACUCUCUAUCAGAUCUCGAAGAUAUCGAGAUACCUCGUACCUACUCGGGUAUAUCUCUCGCCACUGCGUGUCGUAAGGAGCUCUGUAUAUUUUCAGAUGCCUCAACAGAAGCCAUUGCUGCCGUGGCUUACUUAAAACUCACGGAUGCUCGUGGUCAUAACCAUGUCGGGUUCAUCCUCGGAAAAGCCAAGCUCGCACCGAAACGUGGACAUACAAUUCCAAGACUCGAGUUGUGUGGGGCGGUGCUCGCAGUGGAAAUGGCUGACGUUAUCAUCAGCGAGCUCGACGUUUGCCUUGACGAGGUGAAGUUCUACACCGACAGCAAGGUGGUACUCGGCUACAUAUACAACGAGUCCAGGAGGUUCUACGUAUACGUAAGCAAUAGGGUCGAAAGGAUCCGGAAGUCAUGUCAGCCCAAACAGUGGAAUUAUGUUCCCACUGAACAGAACCCUGCUGACAUUGCCACACGGGCAGUAUCGGCUGAUCGCCUUGCAAAGACAACGUGGUUAACUGGCCCUAACGUUUUGUACAAGACAGACGACUCGGGCUCAGAUUUCGAAUGUCAAACGUUUCGAUUGAUAGACCCUGAGGCAGACGAGGAGGUUCGUCCUGUGGUGACCACCCUUGCUACCAGCGUGUCGUCGCAGCGUCGGCUGGGUGCUCACAGAUUCGAGCGGUUUUCAAGAUGGACGAUUCUCAUUCGAACAAUAGCGAAUCUUCUGCACAUCGCUCGCUCAUUUCAUUCUCGGGGUGAUACUGCAUCGGUGUCCUGUCGACACUGGCACAUUUGCCUCGAGCCCAGGACUAAUGAAGAACUUUCCGCUGCGAAGAAACUCGUCUACAGAACCGUCCAAGGCGAAAUGUUCUCGAGUGAGAUUCGAUGCAUCCAAAAUGAGCACAGACUACCGAGGGGCAGCCCACUUUGGAAGUUGAACCCCUAUAUGGACGAGGAUGGCGUCAUGAGAAUCGGAGGACGACUUCAGAACUCGACACUUGACCAAGACGAACGGCACCAUGUCAUCAUGCCCCGUCGACAUCAUAUUACUACACUACUGGUCCGACACCAUCACGAAAGGGUUGAGCAUCAAGGCUGCCAUUUCACUGAAGGUGCACUCAGAGCGGCAGGAUUGUGGAUUGUGGGAGCAAAAAGCUGCAUUGGCUCGAUGAUUCACAAGUGCGUCAAAUGCCGCAAACUGAGGAGCAGACCUCAGAAACAAAGCAUGGCUGAUUUGCCAAGAGACAGACUUAGCAUGGACCCACCGUUCACCUAUGUGGGCCUCGACGUGUUUGGACCAUGGAAGGUUAAAGCGCGCAGAACUAGAGGUGGACUCGCACAUAGCAAAAGGUGGGCUGUGUUGUUUACUUGCCUGUCCGUACGUGCGAUACACAUUGAAGUCAUUGAAUCGAUGGAUUCUUCGAGCUUCAUCAAUGCUCUCAGACGGUUCUUGUCUAUUAGAGGUCCGGUUAAACUGCUGCGGUCCGAUUGCGGAACCAAUUUCGUCGGUGCGUGCAAAGAGUUGAAGAUCAACACUGCGUCGCCUGGUCACAACGAUGUUGGCAAAUAUCUGCAAACUCAAGAAUGCACGUGGGUUUUCAAUCCACCUCACGCCUCUCACAUGGGUGGUGCUUGGGAGCGCAUGAUCGGGAUUGUUCGUCGCAUCGUGGACUCUGUGCUUCUAGGCACGAACAAGUCAAUGAUUUCGCACGAUAUGCUUGUCACACUCUUUGCGGAGAUCGCAGCGAUCGUAAAUAGCAGACCUUUGACUCCGGUGUCAACAGAUCCGGAAAACCCAACGAUUUUGACUCCAAGUAUGAUUCUCACUCAGAAGACGGGCAUAAACCCUCCACCUCCUUGA